CGCCUGCGGGGAGCGUCGUUGAUAUCAAAUACCAGGGGCUCGGUUUUCUUCAUUCUCUUCCUUAACGCAGGAAAACAAAUUUGAAGAGGAGCGGGGAGUCGAAGCGGACGGGCAAGAAACGGCGCGAGCUUGCAUUUCAUUCCCCAGAGAGCUUAAAUGGCUGAUCCAGAGAAGGAGACAGAUGACCUUGUUGAAGCAGAGGCUAAUGUAUCAGCUGAACAGCAAGCUGAAGAGGACACGUCAGUAGCAGAACAAACAGAAGAAACAAAAGAUUUUGUAGGAACUUCAGAACAGCAGACUGAUGCAACACAGUCAAAUGAAACAGCUCUGCCCGAAGAGCAGCAGCAGUUCACACUUGAGUCCAGCCCUGAUGAGGAGCUGGCAGAGAGCUCGGACACUGUAAUGGAGCAAGAGGAAGCUCAUGCAGGACCCCAGGUUCAGGAAGAUGUUGCAAAUGGCAAAUAUCUUAGUGAUGAGACUCAAUCAGAUGUUGACACACUUGCUCCAAUAAUUGAAAUAACUGCAAAAGCUCCUAGAACACUUGCUGAAAAUCUUGCUGGAUCAGCCGCAGAAACAGAUGUGGAGGAUAGAGUAUUAAGGGGAAAUUCAGAAUCUGAGAGACCACAAUUUCCAGAAGAUGCAAAAGAUAAUACUGCGACAGUUAAGAUCAUGCUGCAUCCUGAUAUCCAAGUUUUCACUAUGGCUUUCGAUAUUAACCGAACUGUGGGGCAAAUGAAACAGUAUUUUUCAUCGCGAUUAAAAAUACCACAGGAUUUUUUACAGUUUAUGUUGCUAGGGAGAAUACUGGAAAACAGUGAAAUGCUACAGGAUCUUGGCGCUAAAUGUCAUGGAACUAUACAGUUUGAUAUGUUUUCCCUGGAUGAAGAGCACUUUCCUAUCAAAUCAUCUAAACUCCUCCAAGACUACUAUAUGCCUGAUAUUAUAACCGUCAAAGUGCAAACAGAUAAAGACACAUUUCAGGAUGUAUCCAUAGAGAUUACGAGGCCAACUUUCGAGAAACCGUUUCUAGGAGGAUUUAGGCAUAAGCUAACGGGUGUGGAAUAUCACCAUGCAGGAUCACAAACGGUACCCAAAAAACGUCCAGAGAAAGGAUAUGAAGAGUUCUGUCGGUCGACACAGACAGUGAUUGAGAGGAAAAAGCUGCAACAAACAAGAAAUACAACUUCCACCCAGAUGACUAAAAUUGGUGUUUAUGUGUCAAACAUCACCGACAAACUUAUCGAACCGAAAGGCUAUGUCACAGCUGAAGAGUACCACGCACGAAGACUUAAGGCAGUCAUUAUAAUACAAACCUAUUUCCGACGGUGGAAUGCUAUCAACAUCGUAGCGAGGCUAAAAGAAGAAAAAAGGUUGAGAUUGGAAUGGGAAGAACAAGAACAACAAAGAAAAGAGCGAGAGAGGGCGGAGAGACUACGGAGGGAGUAUGAACGAAGGAUGCAUCCCAAAACAAAAGAUGAUUUUGAACUACUCUAUCAUGCUUUGGAAUUAUGGAGACAAGAGGAGCUCGAGCACAUCAACAGCACCUUGACUGGAGCUGAGCGCAAGGCAGCGCUCUGUGCGCUUUUAGAGAAAGAGGCCCAGCUGAUCGCUUCCAUCGGGAGACACAAACUCAAUGCUGAUGAUGAAAAUGAGCAAAAAGCAAUCUUGUCCUUUCUGGAAAAGUGUGCUGAACCCAAAAGAUGGAAGGCAUUUGAUGAUAAAAUCACAGAAAUGGAUACCCAGUUCACUCUCCGUGCCAGGGAACUCCUGGAAAUCUAUCGCAGCAUUAGUAUGAAAGACAUUCUUCAAGAUGAGCGGCUGGAUGUGCUACUGACGCUGAAGCACACAGUGAAGGAGCAUGACUGUAAGCUCACACUUGAAAUAGUGGAAUUAAUAGACAGAGAGGCUGAUCUCAUGAUGAGAGGAGUGAAGGAAUCUAAUCUAGAAGGACUAAGAAAAAGAAUAUGUACUCUGUUUCUGCAGUAUAUUAAAACGCCGCUCUUUAACCCAGAGGUCGCUAGAUACCUCAAGGUCCCACCUGACCCAAUGAGGCUUUAUCACAACAUCUACUUUUGUCUCAGUUGCAAACGCUACCUGCCUUCUACUGAUUUUGCCAUGUCUGCUAGUUCACGCACUGUUGGCCGGUGUCGUCAGUGCUGCAAGCUGGAUAACGAAGCUCAUCAGAGAGAGGCCUUUUUGAAGUACAAACUUAUGCUCCGAAAUCUCAGGCGCUCUGAAAUGAAUUAUAAGGAUGAUGCUAAGAUUGCAUUCUUGAUACAGCAGCAAGAUCUCCGGUAUAUGGUUGAGAAUUUUUGGGGCUCUCAGUCAGCUGUUAGUGCCUGGGAUGAUCUCUAUGACUUAGUUAUGGUCAGGUGGGACAAGUAUCAUGAAUGGGCUCCCUGGAACACUAUUCUUCUGACAAAGGAUGAAGCGGAGGCUCACCUUAAGCUGACAGAUCUUGAAAAGGCUUAUGAGAUGGUGUUCAUUCAUAGGAUCAAGCAUAAACAUAUCCUCUCAAAGAACUAUUUCUCCCAGUUCCCAGAGAUGGCAGCAGCUCUGCAUAAAGGUGACAAGCAAGCCUGCUCAAGUGAUCUUUUGGUAACAAAGCCUUUAACACCCAGUUCAACAAAGCAAUCCAUUAGGGAGAAGACUGCUCACUGAUUUACUGCUUGAAAAACUCAUCUGAUCUCAAGAUAAAGGAACAUUUGUUUCUUUCUGUCUUAAUUGCACUGUCUUUUCUUAAUUGUGCUCUAGGGAACAAACAGUUGUCAUAAAGCUAACUUCCAACAAAUGGAUUCCAACCUGGUUACUCCGCAUUUCUCUGAAAAUUAAUCACAUUUAGAUGUAUUUUUUUAAAAAUCUACCAUACAUAUUGUCUAUUUCUUGAUCAAAAAAGGUAGCUCCU